UUAUACCUGGCAUUCUAAACAAUCAGGCUGUCUUCAGCAGCUAGUGCUUGAUUUCGAUAGAGUAAUCGCAUUUUAUUUAUUCCACUAUAUGCCCACAGCCAUCAGCUAUUAACUGGUAUCAAUUUAGACCGCAACACAACGUGUAUCUAUUAAACACACAUUAACAUCAAAGGGAAGAACAUCUCAGCUCCAUCUUUUGGGUUUCAAGUCGGCCGCCCACAAAAUUGCAAAGCUGAAGUCGCAAAUAUGACAAUAUUGUAUCUGUCACGCUUCAUUGAACUGAGCUGUUGAUGCCAAAAAAAAGUCCUUGAGCUUUCCAGCUUGUAUUUGGAAAUUAAGUUAGCCCUCUCCCCUCGGCGUCAAAAACUGAAACAUUGAGAUGAAAGGGCUGAAUGUGCUGAGACGGUAAUGGACCUGAUCUCUGGUUCCUAUGGUGAAAGGUCUUGGUGUCCACUGAAUUGUGUCUGUGCUUAUACCCGCAGCGAAUCACCGGGUAGCCGGUCAUAUCCGGAGAACAAUUAAUCCACCAGUACCAUCUGAACAGCAGCGAAGCAAGUCUAGUCAAACAUCGGAUUAACUGCAGCGAGCUCUGGUUGCGUCUAAACGGGUACAUAAACAUUCAUCUGUUGGUGAUUGCUAAGAGAGAUGUCAACGACUUCGUGGUAAUUUGAAAUAAAAUUGCAAAAUGUAAUUACCGACAGCAUACCAAAGGCUGCAGCUACAGUUUUAAAUAGAGGUCCGAAGGAUAGCAAAUAUAAACAAAAAUCAUAUUUCGCACCGCCGGUUCACUCCGUAAUUGUGGAAUAUUAAGGACUUAUCUCCGGAAAGAAAAACAUUUUUUUUUCAAAAAGGAAUUUAUCUUUUCAGUUAACCUCCAAGUACAGCUAGAGUUCAUAGAAUUGCCGGCAGUACUAUGUCACUGAGCACGUUUUACCAAAAAAACUUUUUUUUUUGUCCAGUUACUGUGUUGAAUUGCUAAAUACGCAAGUAUUGUAUCUUCUAAAUGAAGUCCUCAAAUCUGUCUAGUGUGCUAAGGUGCACGGUUUUCUCUCUGCUGUAGUGUUUACAAUAAGCAAAACUGUGAGCGAUUUCACCACGCUAGCAAUAAAAAUAUGGAAAAUCUCUUUCCGAAUCCGGUAUCUUCGAACGUCUCCUGCAUGGACCAGGAGGUGAAUUGUUUGUCUGCAAAUGGCAAUGGGACCAAUUCGACAGGGCCAGGUCUAUACCCUGAUUUUUACAUUGCUAUCCCUGUCAUAUAUUCCGUUAUAUGUGCAGUUGGGUUAACGGGUAACACAGCUGUCAUUUAUGUUAUACUCAAAGCUCCAAAAAUGAAAACGGUGACAAACAUGUUCAUACUGAACCUAGCCAUCGCCGAUGAACUUUUCACUUUGGUUUUACCCAUAAACAUUGCUGACUAUCUGUUGCUUCAGUGGCCCUUUGGUGAGCUGAUGUGUAAAUUAAUCAUUUCCAUUGACCAAUACAAUACUUUCUCAAGCAUUUACAUUUUGACUGUCAUGAGCAUCAAUCGUUACCUGGUGGUCCUGGCCACGGCGAGGUCCAAGAAAAUGUCUUAUCGUACUUAUAGAGCGGCUAAGAUAGUCUGUUUAUGUGUUUGGCUCUUCGUCACUGUCAUCAUUCUGCCCUUCACAAUUUUUGGUAAGAUCCAUGAUGGUGAAGGCAGGCUACAAUGUGUCUACGUGUUUCCAUCUCCUGAGAUUCUGUGGUGGAAAGCUCGUCGGAUCUAUACUCUCCUAAUGGGAUUUACCAUUCCAGUGUCCACAGUUUGCAUCCUGUACUCAAUGAUGUUACUCAGGUUGAGAAAUAUGCGUUUGAACACCAACACCAAAGCUCUGGACAAAGCGAAGAAAAAGGUUACAUUAAUGGUGGUGAUUAUUCUAGCAGUCUGCCUUUUCUGUUGGACACCUUACCAUGUGAGCACAAUAUUAGCUUUAACAACACAUAUUCAACAGACCACGCUCAUCAUUGGAAUCUCCUACUUUAUCACUAGCCUGAGCUAUGCAAAUAGUUAUCUUAAUCCUUUCCUCUAUGCCUUUCUAGAUGAUAGCUUCAGAAGGAGCUUUCGGAAACUGGUAGAAUGCAGAACAACACCCUGAUAUUUGUAGUUUUGAUGAACGCAUCUGGUUACUCAAUGUAGCACGUUUAUUUUAAUUACUGUCUUCUUCAAUUGCACUCUGCUGUAAAUGCCCUCUGAUAUAUUCAAAAGCCUUUAAUGAGAUAAUUAUGUUUGGGGACUAAAAAUUGAGUUUCCCAUUUAUUAAAGUAGUAGAUUGUCUGGAAUUUCUCCUAUGAUGUGAUAUAAAAUUAAAAUAUGCAUGCUAUUAAAAUUGUGUUUAACUUAAAAUCCAGGAUAAAGUUAAUGUGCAUCGUUUGAAUUGCACUUCUAUUAUAUUCUACGUAAGAGUAAUGAGAGCAUGAUAACUUGUUAGACUUUUACACAAUAUAUGGCAAUAGUGUUUAAAUGUCAGGAAAAAAAUCUUUCACUGCUUGCUUUAGCAUUUUUUUACAACCUAAAACUUUUAUUACAGAUCUUAAGUUCAAAAUUAUGUGCACAGCUCCUGUUAAAUAUCAUGAAGACCACCA